GUCAGCGGCGCGCUCGGCGGAGGCCAUGGCGGCGGCGGCGGCUGGCGGAGGGCGGAGCAGCACCCGCGAGCGGCUCUUGGCUGCGCUGGACGACCUGGAGCUCCUCGCCAGGUGGGUCGCCAAGGGAAGGUCAGCGGCGGCGGGAGAGGGGCUUGUGCGCCUGCGCGGUGGCGGCGGCGGCUUCCCCCGCCUGCCUUACAGUCGGUCAGCCAAGGCGACGCUCCUGUUCUCCCUCAGGAUUUACAUCGCAGGCUUAAAGGAGCAGUUAUUUAUUGUUUAUUAUCAUCAUUAGGAUUUGAUUUCAGGUUUAAAAGAACUCAUUUAUUUAUUAUUUCCCCCGGCAGGGACUCAAAGUGGUUUACAGGUUUAAACAAAAACAUGGGAAGGGGGGAAAUAUAUAUAUAUAUUUAAAAAUCCAGUUAAACAUAUAAAACUAUUAUAUGUUAAGUUGAAGGCAGCUGCGAAACAGCCAUGCACCCUGGUUCGCUCUGAGGUUGCCAGGAAGGCAAAUUUAUAAAUAUACAAAUGUAAACAAUUGCUGCAUAGUUUAGAUUUUUAUCAAAAGCACCUUGUUACCGAUCUGCAGAAUCUUAAAUGAUAAUACAUAGUUUUUAUUUCAUGAUUUAUUAGCAGACAAAAAUAAAAUCAAUAGGUUGCUUUUAUAUUAAAUUGACCAGGAUAAUGCAGGAAUGGACUCAAGGUCCCCAAAUAUACAAAUAGCUUAACCCCCACUCCUUUUUAGUAUCCACUUUUUUUUUUAGUAUCCACAUAUGGAAAGGCUCCAAAGCAGCGAACCCAAGUCUGUGCAUGCAUGCUCAGAAGUAAUCUUCAUUGAGGUUCAUCACUCACUGAGUUCAGUGGGACCUUCUGAGUAAAUAUGAGUAUGUGCAUGAAGGACAGGUUGGUUUUUGUCUGUCACCUGGAAGGAGCCCUUGGAGAGAGGAGUAUAGUGUUUGCACUGGGGGAGAGCUUGUUUUGUGAUAUUGGGGCAGUUCUCCAUUCUCAGUCCCCCUUCUCCACAUCAGGACCAUUGAGAAAUGGAGUAGAAAUAUGUCCACCAAACAGAAAAUUUUAAGAGACAUAUUUUUGACUAAAGGACAUGGUAUAAAUGCUGUAAGUAAAUAAAUAAGUGAUCCAAACCAGGCGUUACGGAGGAUGAGGAUGGUGAAUCCUCAGCAUCUGAAGCCAGGUUGAUGGGCACCAGAAGGGGAGAGGACAAUUUACUAUUAGGUUUUUGCCACAGCUACACCUUGUUUGUGCUGUAUUUAAUCUGCGCAGUUUCAAUGAGCAGGCUUUCAACUGUGUAAAGUUGAAAUUGCACAGGUUAAUUGUGCACCAAAUGCAAUCAUAAUGUAUUUCAGAUGCUUUUUCCACACAAAACUUUCAGGAAGGCUGUUUUCUUUUUUCAAGUUUUUAGAGAUACAGAUUAACAGAGUGAAUAUGUAACAAGCCAGGAGAUUGAAAGCUGGAAAUUCAGGCCAGUUAUUAGCCCAAAGAGAUCCAAGCAAACCCUAGAAAACUGGGUCUUACGGUAACCCAUAUUUUUCUAGUCAAGAAAUAUGGACUUAGUUCUUUUACCCUGAAAGACUACUAACUGAUACAGUUCUAAUAUACCGUACUUUUCGCACCAUAACACUCAGUUUUCCCCCCCUAAAAGGUAAAGGGAAAUGUGUCUGCGCGUUAUGGAGCGAAUGCAGGCAGGAGGAGCCACUCUUGCUGGCUGUUCGGCAGCCUCUCUUCCUCCGCUUGGCUUGCUGAGAAGCCGGCAACAGCUGAGCAACAGCUGAGUGUGAGGAGACAGCCUCUCUUCCUCCUGUCUGCCUGCUCUAUGGCUUUUUGGCGAGGUGGGAGAAGGGAGGCAGCUCGGAAGCCGGCAAGAGCUACGCGCAGCGUGUAAAAGCCAAGGUGGGGAAAGGGAGACAGCCUCUCUUUCUCCUGUCUGCCUGCUCUAUGGCUUUUUGGCGAGGUGGGCGCUCGGAAGCCGGCAAGAGCUGCGCGCAGCGUGUAAAAGCCAAGGUGGGGACAGGGAGACAGCCUCUCUUUCUCAGCGUCUGCCUGCUCUAUGGCUCUCCCUUACACAAAUGUAAGCGGCUCUUACUCUGCUUUCUUUACAAUGAGCUGGAAGGAGGGACAAAGAGGGCAUCCCCUUCCGUCCCUCCCCCAGCACCUCACCGGUAAAUUCAAACAAAGCAGCUUACAAGGCUCGUGUCCCUGAGUCUCCUCCUCCUCUUUUUGCUCCGGUUUGAGGCAAGGCAGCUGCACAAAUGUGAGUUCCCCCUCUCUCUUCCUUCCCUCCCUCCCUCCCUCUUCCAACUUCAAAAAAUAUUGGGGGGACAGCCAGGUAAGCCCCACUCACAUACCACAAUGGGGGGUGGGGGAUGACUCCCUCAAAUAUUUAAUGGGGGGGUGAAGGCACCUAGGCCCAUAGGAGUUGGCUGCUUUGCCUAGGACAAGUGUGAGCUCCCCCCUCCUCUUCCUUCAUCACUGUAUUGGAGAUACCAUACAUUACUGACAGUUCCUUCAUUCACGUGGUUACAAAGCAUGGAUCCACAUGGAUCCUCAGGAUUUUUGCACUGGGUCACCCCAAAUUCACCAUCAGAUCACAUAGCAUGUCCAUGGCUACAGCUUGCACCAAAAAAAUCACGCACCCACUGUUGCCUGGGGCCGCAGUGGUGCAAAAACGUGGUUACAAAGCAUGGAUCCACAUAGAUCCUCGGGAUUUUUGCAUUGGGCUACCCCAAACUCACCGUCAGAUCACAUGUCUGUGGCCACAGCAUGAACCACAAAAAUCAUACAUCCACUGUUUCGUUUAGAAUUUUUUUUUCCUUGUUUUCCUCCUCUAAAAACUAUGUGCGUGUUAUGGUUGGGAGCGUGUUAUAGAGCGAAAAAUACAGUACUUGCUUUGCAUAAGAAGCGAACAUUACAAGGAUUAUCAUACUGUAGGUGGCAGUGUUUCAUUUAUACUUUUGAUACGACUUCGCCAAAAUAAGUGGCAUGGACAUGGUACUGGAGUGUUUCUGUGGAUCUUUCUACUUAGACUUGUUAUUUACUGUGGAGGAGUGAAGUUUUCAGAAACUGCAACUGACUUUUUCCAUUGUGUGGAAACUUUGCUUCAGGGAGCUGAUUGAGAUGUUGGCCAUUUCAAGAAACCAGAAACUUGCACAACCUGGGGAGGAGAGGCAGGUAAGCAAACUGAUAAAGAGCUCAUAAGGUCUGGGUAUAUUUUUGUUGGGAGAGGCCUGUACAAGAUGCAAGCUGUAUAAGGCUUUACAUGUUAAAAACAGCUCCUAUAAAUACUAGUAUUAUUGGUAUUAUUAUGAUUUAUUAGACUUGUUUGUCACUUGUUACCUGAAGGCCUGGCAACCUAGCAGUUUGAAAGCACGUCAAAGUGCAAGUAGAUAAAUAGGUACCGCUCCGGCGGGAAGGUAAACGGCGUUUCCGUGCGCUGCUCUGGUUCGCCAGAAGCGGCUUUGUCAUGCUGGCCACAUGACCCGGAAGCUGUACGCCGGCUCCCUCGGCCAAUAAAGCGAGAUGAGCACCGCAACCCCAGAGUCAGUUGAUUCAUAGGAUACAGAUGUUAUUUCUUAUUUCGAAUAAGCAAACCAGCUCAGCCUUGGCUUAACUUUGCCACAAGGUGCUUGUGCAGGGAGUCGUUCUGAGUGACUUUUACACCUUGCCUCCGGUGUGUAGCUGCUGCCUUUGGAGCCUGCACAUCAGGUUGUAAUAGCCACUCAAAUCUACGCCCUGUGAGGACCGUGCAGUGAACUGUCACCAGAUCUGCCACCAGAGGGUGGUUCCCAAGUGUUAAAAUGUAAGACUCAAGCCGUUCUGACAUUUGGUUAUAAUAUGCCAACAAAACAAAAAGCCUUAUGUGGUAUUCAUCAUACCAGUUAAAGAUUUAAAGCAAUAAUUGUUUUGGGUUUAUCCAUAAAGCCUGCAAUUCAGAUACACAGGAUUCAUAACCUACUUGCAGGUGAUGACCCACAGUUUAGGAAAUGCUGAUUCAGAGCAGAAUUAUUUCAGUAAACUGCUCAGAAAUUGACAGUAUAUAUACUUUCCAAUUCAGCUUUGAAUUUCUACUUAGCAAUCAAAAAUUGCAAUACACAUUGGUUGUUGGACAGAUCCUGGAGUUGUUGAUUCAGAGGGAUAAAGAGUUCCAAGAAUUAAUGAAACUGGCCCUCGAUCAAGGGAAAAUACAUCAUGAGAUGCAGCUAUUGGAGAAAGUGGUGGAGAAGAGGGACAAUGAUAUCCAGCAGCUUCAGAAACAACUGAAGGAAGCAGAGCAUAUAUUGGUGAGUCUGUGAAUAAAAUGGCAUGUCGGAAGAUUGGCAUGACACCCUUGUCUAAUAAAUCUGCCAUGCAGUGAAGGGUGAACAUUUUAAUUAGUCUUCUAAACACAGUUAGGGGUUUACAUGUCUCAGUCAUAAUAAGAUACACCGCACAUUACUUUACCAGCCUUUGAGUGCCUUACUCCAGUUACUAUGGCAUCCUCAACCCAGGUCCAGGUUUCCUUCAACUCUCUUGAGAAGUCUAGGUUCUAAGACUCUUCCACUUCAGUCAUCCCAUUCAUUUGAAUUGUUCUGUUCCCUUUUUAACCCCAGGACCUCUGUUGCCAUUUCUUCUCCCACUCUUGCAUUUCUCCACUUUACUGGAAUUGGCGUCCCUAAAUUUGUCUCCUCCCUCUAGUUCCAUGUAGUAAUGUUUCCUGAAGUCUAGCACCUGGCAAUAAUUGCAGGUGCCACAGAAAUUCUACCUGGUGAUCAUUUACAACCAUAGUGGAUAUGUGGACAAGCCUUGCUGUGGAUAUGUGGACAAGCCUUGCUGUUGAUGUAUCCCAGGGAGGGUAUGCUGUUUUAAUAUUUUCUCUGCAACAACAAAAGCUAGAAGUAUGUGUUGUCAAUCAGUGUAAGGUAUUCUUAAGAUACUGUCAAAUGUUUGGUCAACUUGCAAAACAUUUAGUUCAACUAGUAUGGGAAUUAUCUUGUACUAAACUCUGGUUGCAUAUUUGUUCACCAACGAAUGUAUUUUUUUAAUAUAGGCCACAGCUGUUUAUCAAGCAAAAGAAAAACUGAAAACAAUAGAAAAGGCAAGAAAAGGUGAGCAUUAUAUUUUCAGUGUUUUUUAGGAAGUUCUACAGUCGGUUUCCACAACUACAUUUGACAUGUGAUGAUUAUAUCUCUUGUGUAAUAGCUUUCCAGUGAAAAACUGCUAUUAAAGAUCAUCUAAAAAAUAAGAAAAAAGCAUUUAAAUGUCAACUAAUGACAGAUCUUAUUACAUGGAAAAUAUAUCUUUACAAAUGUUAAACAAAUUUUUGGAUUAAUUUCCAAAGAAAUCUAAUUCAGCUCCCUGUUGGAUUUUAUUCAGUCUGUUCUUCUAGCAUUUAUAUUGUUGCGUAUCUAAAAACCUUUUAAUUGUCUCAAGUAAAUGUCUCAAGUAGGAAAGGGUGGUAAGUAAUGUCCCAAGAAAAAGUUCAACAGUCUUGUUUUCUUUAAAAAAUAAAACAAAAAACCCAACUUUGGCCACCACCCCCCAAAAAAAUUAUAUAUGCGUGUGAAGUGUGAAACGUAUAUAAUGCUUUUUCAGUUUUAUAAAGUUACAUCUCCCAAGUCACACAUGGCAGUUAGAUAAACAGUUACAGAUACAUACAAACACACAAACAUACCUGUAGACAUAAUUUCCUAAAAUAUAUUUUCAGCUUAGCAUCCUGGACAUGAUGACACUCUUCUAUAGAUAUUUGAAGAUGGCGAAGAGUUGUACUCAGCUACCCUGAGAUCUAAUGGGCUUAAGUUACAGAGGAGUAGGUUUCAUUUGAACAUUAGGAGAAACUGCUUGAUGGAUAAGAACAGUUUGACAAUACUGCCAAUUAUUUAAAAGGCUCUUUUUGAACAAGAUGGUCUACAAGACCCCCUUCCUGACUCUAUGACCCUGAAAGUAUCCAAAAUAGGAAAAAAGGAUGUAGUUGGCAUCUAGAUGCAACACACACACACACACACACACACACACACACUCACUCACAAACUUCAGCUAGGUUUCUGAUUACAAACCAUGCAACAAUUAGAAACUUGCUUGGUUGUUAAUCACUGCCACUAGCACACACAAAUUUAGUUACACCCAUGUGUUCAUGACUCUGCAUAGGAGUGCAGAACAGAAUGGUUUAAUAAACAGGAAGGAAUUGUUUUAAUUUGGAAACUUCCAGGCAGCCACCUACAUAGUAGCCAUAACAUACGAACAUAUAGUGAUCUGCCCUUCAAAAAAUCCACAGUAGUGGUCUACAAUGUGUACAAGUCUAAAAAUCAGUGUGCAAGGAUGGGAAAAUGAGGGGCAAUUGGUGGCUCAGGAAACGAGCAGUGACAGCUUUUACAUGUUUCCUCCUGAAACACUGGCUUUUGAAUCUUGUAAUGCAGAGAUGAGGCUUUUUACCUACUGCAUUUUCUCUCUCUACUUCUCACAGGGGCAGUUUCAUCUGAAGAAAUAAUUAAAUAUGCUCAUAGAAUUAGUGCCAGCAAUGCUGUUUGCGCUCCUCUGACAUGGGUGCCAGGUAACAAGUUUCACAAUUAAACGUUUGACAUACUGUAUUUUCACUGAAAAAUGGAUCUAAAAAUGUUUUAUCUCUGUGUAUACUUUGUGUACAAAUUUCGGCUGAAUUUCACAGGCAGGUGGAGUGAAACACACUUUUCUAUGUACCAAAUAUGCUAUGUGCUACUAGGUGAACAGUGGUUAAAAGGAAAGAUGAUUGAUGGAGAUUGGAUAGUUGUCUUGCUAUAUAUAUAUAUGUGUAGGUUGUUGUUAUUGUUUAGUCAUUUAGUCGUGUCCGACUCUUCGUGACCCCAUGGACCAGAGCACGCCAGGCACUUCUGUCUUCCACUGCCUCCCGCAGUUUGGUCAAACUCAUGCUGGUAGCUUCGAGAACACUGUCCAACCAUCUCGUCCUCUGUCGUCCCCUUCUCUGUGUGUGUGUGUGUAUUCAGAAUUGCAAACCAACCUCCCUCCACCUCUUUCCCCUCUUUCCCCUCUUUCCCCCUUUUCUUCCUAAUGUAACACUAAUGUCUCACAACUAAUGAAACUGAUCUCUACAAAAUUCAACUUGAAAAAAGAGACAUUGCACAUACUUUUCUAAACCAAUAAAUCUUUAAUAAAAAUCUAUUUUAUAAAAUAAAGAAUUGCAAACCAAUUGUUUAUUUUUAAGGUGACCCUAGGAGGCCAUACCCAACUGAUCUGGAGAUGAGGAGUGGUUUGCUGGGUCAGAUGAACAACCCAUCAGCAAAUGGUGUCAACGGACACUUACCAGGCGAUGCACUUGCAGCAGGCAGAUUGCCAGGUAAUGGGAAAUGAGAGAAAUUAAACUUCUCCAUUGGCCAGUGCCUGAAUCAAAUAAUUUGAGCUGUUUCAAAUAGUGUAUAUUAUUUCAGAGAUGGAGAAAAUACAUGUGCUUUAGUUAGCCAACAGCUAAUUUAACAGGGAGAACAAAAAUACAUUUAUGAUUUCAAUUUUAUUAAAUGUUUUAUCAACAAAAACAAGAUGGUGAAAGAAGUGAUAUUUGUUGUGGAUAACAUUCUGGUACUGCUGAUUGGCAUGCAAUCACUAAGCUAAGGGUGGCUUAAUAUGUUUGAAACAGUGUAGUGGUACCUUGGUUCUCAAACACCUUGGUAUUCAAACAUCUUGGAACCUAAACACUGCAAACCCGGAAGUGCUCCGGUUUGCGAACUUUUUUCAGAAGUCGAUUGUGCUCCAUUUUGAGUCUUACACUUCCCAUUUGAGUGCCACACUUCUGUUUUGAGUGUUACUCUGAGAUCUGUCUGUUUUUGCUAUUUAUUUAGCGUUUUGUUUUUGCGGCUCUUUUUUUGUGUGACUGUGUGGAACCCAGUUCAGCUACUGAUUGAUUGAUUGAUUGAUUGAUUGUAUGACUGCAGUACAUUGUUUAUUGCUUUCAUUUUAUGGAUCAAUGGUCUCGUUAGAUAGUAAAAUUCAUGCUAAAUUGCUGUUUUAGAGGUUGUUUUUAAAAGUCUGGAACAGAUUAAUCCAUUUUGCAUUACUUUCUAUGGGAAAGCAUGCCUGGGUUUUGGAACGCUUUGGUUUUGGAACUGUCUUGCGGAACAGAUUAAGUUUGAGAACCAAGGUACCACUGUAUUUAAUUGUUAAACCAUAAUAUGGCAAUCAGGACAACCACAUUGUAGCUCCUGCUCAUCCCUUGAACAACUCCCUCUUUGGAAAUAACUGUGCUUUGCAACAGUAUAGCAUUAACAUUGAAGCCAUCGUCAGAAGCAGAAUUAAAGGGUUUUAGGCUAGCUGUGAUUAGCAAAAGAAAAAAGUGAAGAUGGAGGGAGAAUAGCUUGUGUGAGAGAGACAGAAGGGCAUUCUCAAUUCCAAAAUGGGCAUUUGAAUGGGAAGGAGAGCAAACCACAGUUCAACCAUUAGGCUGUGUAAUGUCUAUACCAAUCUUCCUCUGAAAUCAAUUGGGCCUAAGCAUUUAACUUUGGUUGGCUUGUAUUUUCAUGGUUUGUCUUCAGUUGAAAUGAUAUGUAGUUUUAUUGCAUAAUUUGCAAAUAUUUACAGUGGUACUUUGGUUUACAAACUUUAUCCGUUCCGGAAGCCCAAUCUUAAACCAAGGCACGCUUUUCCCAUAGAAAGUAAUGCAAAAUGGAUUAAUCCGUUCCAGACUUUUAAAACCAACCCCUAAAACAGCAAUUUAACAUGAGUUUUACUAUCUAACAAGACAAUUGAAAUGAAAGCAAUAAUCAAUGUAAAAAGGUAAAGGUAAAGGGACCCCUGGCCAUUAGGUCCAGUCGUGACCAACUCUGGGGUUGCGAUGCUCAUCUCGCUUUAUUGGCCGAGGGAGCCGGCGUACAGCUUCUGGGUCAUGUGGCCAGCAUGACUAAGCCGCUUCUGGCAAACCAGAGCAGCGCAUGGAAACGCUGUUUACCUUCCCGCAGGAGCGGUACCUAUUUAUCUACAUGCGCUUUUGAACUGCUAGGUGGGCAGGAGCAGGGACCGAGCAACGGGAGCUCACCCCGUUGCGGGGAUUCAAACCGCCGACCUUCUGAUCGGCAAGUCCUAGGCUCUGUGGUUUAACCCACAGCGCCACCCGUGUCCCUAAUAAUCAAUGUACUGUACUAUAAAAUAAUUAAAACAGUAUUGUGGAUGAUAAAAAUUAAAAUUUAUUACCUGCACUGAUGAGUCAUUGUUCGGAUGGAGGGGGGGCUUUUAUCCAUUUCCGCAGUCACACAGUCAGUCAGUCAGUAGCUGAACUGGGAUCCACACAGAUCCCACCACCACCACACUGCUGCAGGAAAUGCUCCCUAGAGCACGCGCCUCCCGCAGCAGCAUGGGGGGGGGGGGGAGUUGCGCACCGGCUGACAGGUGAGCGGGCACGCAGCUUCCCUCCCUCGCUGCUGCAGGAAACGCCGUGACGGCCCCCUUCUCCGCUGCCAGACAACGGAAGUGUGGCACUCAAAACGGAAGGGCACCCCCGAACAGAGUAUGUUCGGAUUCCAGAAAAAGUUCACUAACUGGAACACCUUCCAGUUUUGAAGUAUUUGUGUUCCAAAUAGUUUGUGAACUAGGAUGUUCAUAGACCAAGGUACCACUGUAGUUAGAAAUAAAGAACUGCAUAGUUACGUGAAACUUCUAAACUGUGCAUAACAAUGGACUGCAAGUUGUUAAAAUACAUUGCUAUGAAAAUAUCUGGAUGUGUGAUUUUUGUAUCAUUUCAUUUUUCCUUUAGAUGUACUCGCACCUCAGUAUCCCUGGCAAUCAAGCGACAUGUCAAUGAACAUGCUACCGCCUAAUCACAGCAAUGACUUUAUGCUGGAACCUCCUGGACAUAAUAAGGAGAAUGAAGAUGAUGUGGAAGUCAUGUCAACAGAUUCAUCAACCAGCAGUAGUGACUCAGAUUAGCAGUAGUGACUCAGUCUGUUUGGUGCACAUUAUAUACAUCAUUAAGCACCUGCUCUGCAAUCCAGAUAGCCACAGUGCAAGGGGAAAAACUGUCUACAACUUUGACAUUUAUUUCAUUAUAUUUUAUGAAUUGCUGUUUAUUCAGAAUAACCCAGCUAUGGCUGGAAACAGUCUUGGAGAAAGUGAAGCUUGUUUCCAGCAGCUGUAACACAAUUUAUUUCAAUGUGUAGAUAAAUUCUUGAAGAUGAAAUAGAAAGAACAACUGCAGGAAGUGGUAGCUGAUAAUCCUUUAAUUUGUGGAAGGGGCUUUUUUCUAGUGGUGGUGACAGCAAACAGACUGAGGAAAUUUUCACUAAUUCCCCUAAUAGCCUUGUCAGAAUAGAUAGUUGGAGGGCAUGAAGGAAUUUGGGGAAAGUAUUUGCAUUUCCAUUAACAGAAAUAUUAUUUGGGGAGAAUUUCACUCACAGAAUCUCUGGAUUCAUCUCUCUAACUUUUCAGAGAAUAUGCAAUGUGAAAACAGUUAAACUUUUGCAGAUAUUUGAAGUUAGUUGCUGGAUUCAACUUAUGACCAGUUUAUAGAAUAUAAGCUUGAACUAACUUUGGUGUAUUAUGAACAGCUUUCCCUCAAACAAAAGCAUACCACUAGUCAUCUUUUUUUCUGAAAACGAUGGACUAGGAGGGCAUAAAGUUGUACCACUUGUUGCACAAAAUAAAGCUGAUCCAACCAGUCCUCCUCAGCUCAACCUACUCCACCCCACAAGAAUCUUUCUGAAAAGCCUCUCCAUAGGGCUGAAGACCCUUCUGAACAUCAGGGGCUGUGCUGGCAGCUGCUGCCAGCGUGGGGGAGAAGCACCUAAAAUCAGGUGAAUGCACACACAAAGUGCCUCCGCUACUUUGGAUUAUUCUACCCUCCCACCAGAGCCCCCCACCCCACCAGUGCCCACACACACAGUGCACAUUAUUCAGUAGGGCCUUACAGCCCUCUGGAGGUUUUACAGGGCAGUAUAGGGGAACGCUAGGUUAUGCAAGCUGCUUUCUGUUCAAGCAAACCUUGGAUACAGUGCUAAGAGUUCUAUUGUACAUGCGAUAUUGAAGAUUGCUGUACUAUUCACAGAAGAAUCCUAACUCCCAACCGGCUGUGCUGGAAGGGGGUUGGCUGUGGCAAAGGAACCCUUCCGGUGAGUGCCUGAAUGUCACCAUGUAAACAGUGAGUACCUCGGGUUAAGAACUUAAUUCGUUCCGGAGGUCCAUUCUCAACCUGAAACUGUUCUUAACCUGAAGCACCACUUUAGCUAAUGGGGCCUCCUGCUGCUGCCACCAAGCGAUUACUGCUCUCAUCCUGAAGCAAAGUUCGUAAUCCAAGGUACUAUUUCUGGGUUAGCAGAGUCUGUAACCUAAAGUGUCUGUAACCCGAGGUACCACUGUAUCCCUGCCAUGGCAUUUGGGGAGUUGGCAUUGGCCAGUACUGGAUCCUGAGCUGGGUCAUGCUAUGGUGGUAAUGGAUUUGAUUUCAGCCUCUCUACUGUGCUAGCCUGGGGACCACAUAGCAGACACAUUUUUCCUGUGCCAGAGACAGCUAUGGAUGUGGCAGUGGCUACACAGUUCCAACCUCCACUGCUGCCAGCCAUGUAUUUGGAUUGCACCCUCAAGUUGUUUGCAGUAUAUAUAUGCUCAGUUUUUUAUUUAGCCUUUGAAUGUUAGGUGUGUUGCUUGCUGUGGGGGGGGGGAGUUAGUGGGUGAUUUAGAAAGAAAAAGCACUGAUAGGGAGGACUAGCAUCACCACUUAAUUCAUGCAGUAUGUUACUCACAACUGUCCAUAUUCCAGGACCUGCAGUAUUGAGGCUCACCUUCCCUUGUAGCCAGCUUUCCAGGAACCCCAGGGGUGGGCAGGGCCACGCAGCUCUUCCUCACAUACCACAGAGCUGCACCUCAGCAUGGUCCAGCACUUGGCCCCUGCCACCAGCAUCCCAGCAGCCAAAUCCCUGCCCAGUGCUUUGUCCUUUUACGGAAACUACUAUCCCCAUCCCAACUCUUAAAAAAAAAAAAAUUUGCUACACUGACAAAAGGCCAAAGUGUAGUUUGAACUGGGUGAAAUGUCUAGGAAAAUGAACUUCACCUCACUUCAAAGGAUCCCCCAUGGACUGGUAUAUAGCUUCAGAGCAACUGAAAGAACCAAGGAAGAGAGAGCCACCAGUUAGGAGCCCAGUUUUGCUCCCAACUGGUUCUUGCACACCUCCACUCAGUGGUGAGCAGGUAGGAAGUCAAGCUGGUAAAAGCAGCUUUUUGUGGUGGUGGUGAUGAUGAUGAUGAUGAUAAUUUAUUUUUUAUUCCCCAGCCACCCUGGGCGGCUUCCAACAGAAUAUUAAAAUACAAUCAUCUAUUAAACAUUAAAAGCUUCCCUAAACGGGACUGCCUUCAGAUGUCUUCUAAAAGUCUGGAGGUAGUUUUUCUCUUUGACAUCUGGUGGGAGGGCGUUCCACAGGGCGGGUGCCACUACCAAGAAGGCCCUCUGCCUAGUUCCCUGUAACUUGGCUUCUCGCAGUGAGGGAACCGCCAGAAGGCCCUCAGCACUGGGGGUGAUCUAGGACCCUUGGCUAGUGCAAAACCUGGUGGUUGUUGGGCCUGCAGAGAAGGUAUGUAAGCAGGUAUCUUAACUUCUUCCACCUCAUUUAAUCUUUAAUGCCUUGUUCACCACAGGCAUGCAGACCCUCAGCAGAGGUGGACGGGGAAUUGCCCAUCCCAGCCUGGAAGGUGUAGGACAGUGGGAUGCCUAUCUAAUGGUGGCAAUGUAUAUGGAAUUCCAGGCGUCGUUUCUUUUCCUUUGCAGCAACAUUGCAUGUUAGCUGCUUUAUCUCCAUAUUUUACGCUUCCUCUGGUCUUUUCCCUCAAGUUAGGCAGUCCUAUAUAUAUAUUUAAUUGCUUGCUUCAUCUUAAAAAAUACUGUGUGUGUUUUGCUAAGGCAGUGGUGACUGAUGCAUCUGGUCGUCAGAUGUUGCUGCUGCCCCACCUUUAAAAAUUGCAUGUCCUGUUGUCAUGGGGACUGCUCUGCCAGCUACUCUAAAAUAGGUGGCAUCCUGUGGUCCUCAGUCUAGAAAUUUCUUGUGGGAGUGGGCAAUCUGGAGGAAGGGGCCAAGAUGAAUAGUGAUGGGAGAAGCGGGGGGGGGGGGGUAAACCUUCUGUAAGCAAUCAUUCCUGGCACCAGCAAUCUAUUAUUCCUGUGAAAACCCUUUGGGGAGAGGAAAAGGGUGCCAAUGGUCACUAUGGAUUUGGCAGCACCCACUAGUAAUGUGUCACUCCUAAAUAUUGUCAACAGAAAAGUUUUUCUCACUGCUUUCCUAAAGGCAUUCAAGCCUUCAUUGUCAGAUAAUGUGUGUUUUAGCUUUCUUCAUGGCUGGAAAGGGGAAAUUUGGGAGUUUCUCCUACCUGAAAAGCCAAAGGUGCCCUAAACUCUGUGUAUUAACUACUUUUCUGUGCUUUGUUUUUGAUGGUAACUCUCCAAACUGAGACAGAGAAACUUAUUUUGGUGAGGAAGACACAACAUGAAACAUACAACACAAUACUUGUUUAUCAAAGACAACAUUCAAAAAGCAAUCAGCGUGCUAUCACACAGGGUAUGGAAGGAACAACCAUGUAUUUAAUAAGGUAAAGGUAAAGGACCCCUGGACGGUUAAGUCCAGUCAAAGGUGACUAUGGGGUUGCAGCGCUCAUCUCGCUUUCAGGAAAGCUGCUCUACUGCAUCCUCUUGCACACUUGCUUUGUAAUAGUGCAUAUCUAUUACAUCAAAAUCUUACUUGCCAUUAUAGAUUGAAGAGUAGAGGCAAAAAAGACAAACACUGAUUGCAAAACUGCUGCAUUUUUGUGGCAUGUUUAGUGUCAAGGAUUAUUGCUACAUUUCAUGGAAGUAGCUGACUUCAUGCUUAGAUAAAACUACCCCUUCCCAGGUGAUACAGAAUUCAUUUUACAAAUAAAUGUCUCUGUAAAAACACAUAUUUCCUAUAAAGUAAAUUUAGCACUCUUUUUUCACAUAAUGAUUUCCAGUGUAUCCCACAAGGUGAUUAAAUUCUUCUGUG